CACACUCCACACACACACUAUCACUCUCGCUCUCUCGCACCGCCAGUAAACAAUCUGCGCAGCACAGACGAAACCGGAGACUAGUCUCAAAGUUCAGCCGCUCUCUCUCCAGAUUCCCUCCAGCGUUGGAGCGCUGAGCAGCGUGACAACAGCGACCACAGACAGAGAGAGAGAAAGCUAGCAGUGGAGAGCUGCGGAGAUAGAGUGGUUGUGACCAUGCUGUCCAGCCUACUGUGCGUGGCCGUCUCCACCGUCGUGCUUGCAUCGCUGCUCGGGGCCCUGCUGGUGCGGACCCCCCCCGAGUCGGGAGCCCUGCAUCGCGUCAAGGCGACGAUCGCACUCGCCGCGUGCGCUCUCGUGCGCGCCGCGGCGUGGGGUCGCGGGAACCCCAGCGAGUCAGGGGCGCCGAGGGGGUCCAAGGGGAGAGGGGAGAAGAGACGGCGACAGGAGGAGCGGGAGAGAUGGAAUGUGGAGGAGGAUGGAGAGCGAUGGGAUGAGGAGGACGAGGAGGAGGAGAUGCAGAGCACGGGAGAUGCGACUGCGAGGGAUGAGGAGCACGAGGAGUCCCUCGAUUUUCAUGGUUGGGCACCUGAGGGGCAGACGCUGUUGGUGGCGAGAAUCGGCCAGGCCGCCGGGACGGAGCGACAGGUCUGGCUUUACCUGCGCACACCUGAGCACGGGCACCUGCAGCACAUCGCCUACGCGGGCACGGCAGUGCGUGCCGAGGGGGGCCACGCGGGGGGCUGGAGGGCGGGGGGGCUGCGCAUGGCGUGCCUCGAGCCACAGCGGCGAUGGAAGAUUUCGUUCAAUGGGAUCAUGCGGAAGGGGUCUGUGCAAGGGGAGCAUUGCAAAGACGAGGAGAGUGAGGAGCUGAACGAGGAGCUGGAGGAGGAUGAGGUGGAUGAGGUGGGCGAAGAAGAGGAGGGAGUGGUCCACGUGCGCUUCACCUUCACGUGGACCGCCUUCACCCUCCCCUUCGACUUCCCGGCCGAGUCGCCGAGCGCCGCCGCCGUGGCGGACGCAGCGGCGCGCGAGCCCUGGGGCCGCCGCGCGCCCUCGUCGCUGCUGCUCGUCCUGCGCAGGUGGUGGGCCGCAGGGCAGAGCGUGCACCGCGAGCAGUGGGGACAGAUGCUGGGCUCGCUGGAGGUGCACGGACGAGGAGGCGGCUCGCAGCUGCUGCUCAGGGCGGUGCGCACUCGCUCGCGAGGACCGAGAGACUCCAUCGACCACUACAUCUCGUUCCUGGCACACUUCGAGGACGGAACUUGCAUUCACGUGACCGCUCUGUGCAUCCCUGACAUCACCUCUUGCCUCAGCGUGGGCUACGUGAUGCGGCCAAACGGCAUCAAGCACGGCCUGGAGUGGAGCGACAUCUGCCUGGCCGACGUGGAGAAGCACGGCGAGCUCAGAGACACCUACCGGCUCACGCUACGCGCAGGCGGGCGCACGCACCGCCUGCUCGCCCAGCCCGCCCGCGAGGCGCGGGGCGCGAGCCGCAGCCGCCUGCAGCCGGGGGCGGAGCAGCCGGGGACGGAGAUCGACCACGACGACUGCGCCUCCUCCCGCUACCUCCUGGACAACGACGUCCGCGGAUGGGGAACCGUGCGGCUGAGCCGACGCAGGCAAGAAGGGCACGGCGCGAGCGGAGGAGGAGGAGGAGCUCGCAGGCCUCCGGCGGUGGUCCUCGAGCGUCGUCCCGUGGAGCUGGGGCCCGCGGCCGAGUCUGGGAAGCCUCUUGUGCCUCUGGAGAAUCUGGUGCCUGGGGAGUCUCUGGUGCCUGGGGAGCCUCUGGAGAAUCUGGAGUCUCUCGUGUUGUCGCUGCACGACGCUCGCUGCCGCGUGGCGCGCGCCGUAGGCGGCAAAGCCGCGCAGCUCGCCACGCUCAGCGCGGCGGGGCAGGGCAGCGCGCCGGUGCCGUACACGGUCCCUCGCGGGGUCUGCGUCACCGUCGCCGCAUUCGACCUCCACGUGUCCGCCGAGCCGACGCUCGCCCUCUCCGUGCGGCAACUCUCCGACCUGGCCUGCGGCAGAGUGACGGGAGACCUGCAGGACUCCUGCUCCAGAAUCCCCCAACGUAACCCAGGUCGCCCCUUGCAAAACGAACAAUGCCGUUCCCUCCGUCUCACUGGGUCAAUGUCACAUCUCCUGGUUAAACGUCGGCUGCACGCACGCCACAACAAGGGAAGUAUUAACCGGGGCGGGCGCUGGGUUCGAACCACCAACCCCUGCAAAGGGCCCCACCGCGAGCCGCCCACUCGUAACGCGAGACCGGCCGCCCCGUGCCCGGCUAGGUGCACACAGCUGUUCUCCGCGGCUCCCGUGGCGGGGGCGGUGGCGGGCGCCCUGCGCGAGGCCCUGUCACGAAACGGCCUGCUGGAGGCCGGGGCCCGCCUGGCGGUUCGCUCCAGCGCCGCCGGGGAGGACACGGAGGAGAUGUCGGCGGCGGGGCAACUCUCCACUCUGCUGGGGGUCUCCGGGUGGGAGCAGGUGUGCGUGGCGGUGCGCGCCUGCUGGGCCUCUCUCUACGCGUUCCCCGCCGUGGAGUACCGCCGCCAGCGCGGACAGCCCAUCGCCUCCCACAUGGGCGUCGUCGUGCAGCUCAUGGUGCCGGCACAGGCGGCAGGAGUGCUCUUCACGUGCGACCCGGUGAGCGGCCACCCCGGCAGGAUGGUCAUCAACGCCAACUACGGCCUCGGGGAGUCGGUGGUGGGCGGAUCUGCGGAGCCGGACACCAUCACCCUGGCGCGCCACCCAACCGGGCCGCCCCGCGUGCUGCGCCAGCGAAUCGGCAGCAAGCGCGAGCAGCUGGUGCCUACAGGUGAGCACCACCUCCACCCACCCCUGGGGGUGCUGCUCUGGAGAGAGAGAGAGAGACAGCGACUGUCGUUGUUGGCUCUGCGUCUACAUCAGCCGUGCACACGAAGGAGAAGCAGCAGCAGCAGCGGACGGGGGGUGGAGGUGAGGGAGGUGGCGCCCGGCGACUCCAAGCGCUGCUGCCUCUCGCGUGACGUCAUCGUGCAGCUCGGCUCGCUCGGCCUGCAGGUGGAGGAGAUGUUCGGAAGCCCCCGGGACAUCGAGUGGGCGCUGGUGGGGCAGCAGCUCUACCUGCUGCAGGCGAGGCCCGUGACCACGCUGGACAUUGAGACGGAGGCCGAGGUGCUGCACGAGUUCGACACGGCGAUCGCCAGCGACCGGGAGGUCCUCACGACGGCCAACAUCGGGGAGAUGAUGCCCGGAGCUGUGACGCCGCUGACGCUGAGCGUGUUCAUCCGAGCCAUCGAGUUCUCUCUGCAGGAGUUCGUGGUGGCCGCCGGCCUGUGGCCGCGACUGAUCCCCUGCGCACACAAACUCAUGGGCACCACCUGUGCCCACAACUUCAUCAACCUCACGAAUCUCGGGGUGUCAACGGAACACCAUAACAUUUGCAUGCAGAAGGCUUCAAUGGAUCUCUCAUUGCUUGGAAGGGUGAGCGACGAGGUCACCAUGGACGACCUGCUGCGUUACCACGGCCGCUCUCCGCUCUGGAAGAGGAUCGUCAACGGCGUCCGUCUGCUACGGUUCCUGUACGGGGCGCAAGCGCGCGUGCACCGGUGGCAGCGGCGCCUGGCGACGUUCGGCGUCCGCACCGAGGGCAGCGCUCGCGACAUGUACGCGGCCAUCACGCGGGCGCUGCCCCACUACUUCGAGUCGUGGUCAACCACCAUCACGGCAAGCUCCUGCUCGGGCUCAUGGAGCAUCAUCCUCAUGUCCAUCCUUGCUCAGGGAAAACCAAGCUGGACCAGCGAGCACUUCUCCGACGUGGCGAUGCUCUUCAGCUCUUGUCCGGACGUCGUGUCGGCCGACAUGCCCACCGCCAUCGAGGCUAUGAGUGCGGCUAUCCGACAGCAGGGCCAGGAACAGGAGUUUGGGGCUCUGGACGUCAAGGACGCCGCGGAGUGGCUGCGCACGGAGCCGAGUGGGGACGCGGGAGCCAAGUUCCGCGCCUUUCUGGAGAAGCACGGCCACCGCUGUCUCCGGGAGGCCGAGUUCAGGGAGAAGUCGUGGGCCAGCGACCCCAGCACCAUCGUCGCGGCGCUGCAGGCCGCGCUGCUCUGCCCCCAGGGCCUCCAGGGCCCCCAGGGCCCCCAGCGCCCCCAGGGCCUCCAGGCGACGCACAAGGGAGACGUGGGGGUCCACGAAGCCGUCGCUCGCCUUAGAUCUCCCGUGUCGGCCGUGGGCAGGCGGAUACUGUCGUGGGUCCUGCCCCGGGCUCGCCGUGCCGUGGCGGACCGGGAGCAGGGCAAGUCUAUCGCCAUCAAGGUGAACGACGAGUUCAAGUCCGCAUACUGGCAGCUGGCCAGGGCCAUGCGACUGGAGGGCUUCCUGCCGGACGACGACCUCCUCUUCUUCCUGACGCACGCGGAGAUCGCCACCGUUCUCAACGAGCGGCCGCCCAACCUCGUCGUCAAAGCCCAGAGGAGGCGCAGGGCGCUCGCCCUGCAGAUGUCGUUGAAUUUCCCGGAGAUCAGCGUCGCCAAGCCGCGUCCCGUGGCGAGCUGGGAGGGGACGGAGCGUGCUGGGGGGCAGAGCCUCACGGGACUGCCAAUCAGCCAGGGUACUGUGAGUGGGCCGGCUCGCGUGGUGCGCUCCCUGUCCGGAGCGAGCUCCAUCCAGCGCGGGGACAUCCUCAUCGUCACCAGCACCGACAUCGGCUGGAGUCCAUACUUCCCCCUCCUAGGGGGCCUUGUCACUGAGCUGGGGGGGCUCCUCUCUCACGGAGCGGUGGUGGCUCGUGAGUACGGGCUGCCGUGCAUUGUCAGCUGCAAGGGAGCGACGCAUUUCUUCACGAGCGGAGAGACGCUUCUGCUGAACGGGACCCAGGGCUUCGUGCAGAGAGUGGACGAGAAGUGACGGGCGGUGCAGACUGCGUCCGUCGGAAGCCCCCCUCAGUGGCACCCCACUUGAGAGCCCCCCCCCCGGGGGCACCCCACUUGAGAGCCCCCCCCCCCCGGGGGCACCCCACUCUGUCUCGGCACAGAAUACGAGUGGGGGGGGGCAGAGAUAACAAGCUGCGAUGGUGGGCGCUGGAGAUGAUGAUGGUGGUGAUUCAUCUUCUUGGUUCUUUCGGUAAAGUCAGGUAGAAUGGAAAUAAUAAAAUUAAAUAAUUCUCACGACGUUUCGGCCACAACGCAUGCGUUGUGACCGAAACGUGAGAAUUAUGUUAUUAUGUUUUAUUUUGUUAUUUUAUUAUUUCCAUUCUACGUGACUUUACCGAAAGAACCAAGAAGAUGAAUCCCUGCAGUCACGAAAGCUUUAAAUCGAGAUGGUGGUGAUGAUAAUGAUGAAGGUGGUGAUGAUGGUGAUGAUAAUGAUGAUGGUGGUGAUGAUGGUGAUGAUGAAGGUGGUGAUGAAGGUGAUGAUGAAGGUGGUGCCGGUGAUCGCAUUCACGGUGAUUACAAUGCAGAAGAGCGUUAUGUUGAUGAUGGCGAUAAAGUCGAGUUACAAUCUUGAUGACAAUUGCAUCGCUGUCGAUGAGUAAAUGAUGAUGAUGAUGAUGGUGAAGACGAUUUGUGGGCAGUGUGCAGUGCAGCGGUUAGCGGUUCGCUACAAACCCCGAGUUUGGUUCCCGCUCACGGCCAACACCAGCAACGACUACCAAAAUGGAUCCGUCCUGGGCCUCCCCUAGGUCGACUCAGCCUCAAAUUACUACGUGGUGCGGAGUGUAACCAUCUCCACUGAGGAGACAAAGUCAGCCAGGUGUGGUGCUGGCCACUCACAUCCUCGUGUGCCUUGCCAGCCUUCAUAGGUGCUACUCGCUAACAGCACUUGCUCCUACCGGCUGUUGAGACUCUAUAGGGGAUCUUUGUCUGGGUGAAGACUGUGAGAUCGCAAUGGCACUAGACGCAAAGAUGAAUAUAGUACCGAAGUUAUGCGUGAGUAGGUGAUGUCAGUGUGUCGUUUGUAAUUGACUAGAUGAAGAAUGUGGUUGUCCUACGUGAGUCGGUGAUGGUUGUCCGACAACUCGGUAUGAAUCACUGAUGGAGAUACCGAUAAAGGAUAUUGCCGAUAUAUCGA